CCCCCCCAUCCCUCCUCCCUGCGUCCUCCGGGCCGCACCGCCCGGGGCCGGCGCCGAGCGAGCGAGCGAGCGAGCGCGGGGAAGCUGGCGGGCUGAGGCGCCCGGCUCCUCUGCUCUUCCCGCUCCCGGCUCCGCGAGGCCGCACGGCGCCGCCGCCCGCGCGAUGAUGCAGGACGCGUCCAGCUCGCCCGUCUCGCCGGCCGACGACAGCCUGAGCAACAGCGAGGAGGAGCCGGACCGGCAGCAGCCGGCGAGCGGCAAGCGCGGGGCUCGCAAGCGGCGCAGCAGUCGACGCAGCGCGGGCGGCAGCGCGGGGCCCGGCGGGGGCGUCGGAGGCGGCGGCGGCGGCAGCGACGAACCGGGCAGCCCGGCCCAGGGCAAGCGCGGCAAGAAAUCUGCGGGCGGUGGCGGCGGCGGCGCGGGCGGCGGCGGCGGCGGCAGCAGCAGCGGGGGCGGGAGCCCGCAGUCGUACGAAGAGCUGCAGACGCAGCGGGUCAUGGCCAACGUGCGGGAGCGCCAGCGCACGCAGUCCCUGAACGAGGCGUUCGCCGCACUGCGCAAGAUCAUCCCCACGCUGCCCUCGGACAAGCUGAGCAAGAUUCAGACCCUCAAACUGGCGGCCAGGUACAUCGACUUCCUGUACCAGGUCCUGCAGAGCGACGAGCUGGACUCCAAGAUGGCAAGCUGCAGCUAUGUGGCCCACGAGCGGCUCAGCUACGCCUUCUCCGUCUGGAGGAUGGAGGGGGCCUGGUCCAUGUCCGCGUCCCACUAGCAGGCGGAGAUCCCCACCCCCUCGGCAGGCCGGAGACCUAGAUGUCAUUGUUUCCAGAGAAGGAGAAAAUGGACAGUCUAGAGAACUCUGGAGCUGGAUAACUAAAAAUAAAUCUAUAUGAGAAAGAUUUUCUUGGAAAUUAGAAGAGCAGAACCCAAAUUCAAAAGAAUCGGGGCGUGGGGCACACCUUUAAAGAGAAAGCCAGACAGGCCGGUGGACCUGAGACUCCCAAGAGGCAGCAGCACCCGCCUCACACCUCUGCAUUCUGAUAGAAGUCUGAACCAUUGUUUGUGCCAGCCCCCGACGAAGAAUGUUUUAUUUUUUUCAUGCAUGCAUUCUCAAGAGGUCGUGCCAAUCAGCCACUGGGGAGAAAGGCAUCGUUGUGGACUUUCUCCAUCUUAAGAUGAUAACAAUCAGAGGAAUUUUAAAGACACCUGUAGAAAUAAAAACGCUGGGAUCAAACUGGCCUACAAAACCAUAGUCAGUGAAUUCCUUAAAAAACAAAACAAAGGAAAUGUCCUCUGAAGGGAAAGAAAACCUAAAAUACAAAAGACAACGUUCUAUUUAUUUAUUGAUGACCCACGGUAAAAUGCAAAUAGAUCCGGUGUCUAAAUGCAUUCAUAUUUUUAUGACUGUUUUGUAAAUAUCUUUUGUAUAUUAUUUUUCUGCAAUAAAUAAAUAUGAUUGAAAAAUUUUAAGAACUUUAAAGUUUGGUCUAUACUUUAAAACUCAGAAUUAGGUUGGCGGUAAAUAAUUGUUUGUUUAACUCUGGGGAUAUCGAGGAGGGAGUGGGGGCGCUAAUAUAAACAAAGGAGGGGAAACCUCAAAUAAACCAGCUACUGACAGAGACAGCCAUGCUAUUUAAAGGACGGCUCUAUUAUUAUUACAGCUUGGCGUUCAGCGGGGCUCACCCCUUCUCCACUUCUUAAGCUGAACUGAGCAGAUUUGCUGUUGACUGCCUCUUGCUCAGAGCGGGAUCUAAAUCAUUCAAAUGAGCAAUGGGAAACAGUUACUAUGCAUUGUUGCCCUUCCCUUCAUUUCCGUGGCGAUUCCUAAAGAGUUUUAUUUCACUGAAAGGCCAAUGUGUUAUGAAAACAAUACAUACUUUGUAUGUAUUAUUCUUCAACUGUGUAGAAAAACCUGAUUGAGGGGGAGAUUGCUGUGUGAUUUGUUUACCUCUUGAGUGAGUGCCUUGCUGGUUAAAAAGGAAAAGGGUUUGCUAUUAAUUUUAUUCCCAAGGGAAAGAUGCUCCUGCUACACCCCUAAGAAUACACAGCUGUGCAGUAAAAAUAAAUAUCUAAAUUGUAGGUGCCCUCGGUAAGUGCUGGAACAAUUUCCAUUUGUUCAAUACUACUGCUCUUCAGUCUUCAGUCAAUACCAUCAGUACCAUGUACACAAACACACACACACACACUCAUACACACACACACACACACACACACACACACACAUACACACUACACAUACUACACACACUCCUGAAGCUCUGUAAAGCCAGGGCAGACAGAACUGGGUUUUUAUUUCAUUCAGGAUAUUCCUGAGACUUUAAUGACUAAAAUAGUGAUUUUAAAAGUUUAGUCUUUACAAUUUCAUCAGUUUAACACAGCCAUAUGUAAAUAAGGUGUUUUCAAGCUGGAAAUUAUUGUGGUGCCUCAUUCAUGCAAUAAUUCAAAUAAGCUACUGUCUCCAAAUAAGUUGCAUUUGCUUAGCUGAGGUAGAGAUUAUUUUAUUGCCCAGAGGCUUUUCUUUCCUCUUCACAAAACAGUACCAAAUGCUGACAUGACAGCACUAUAAAUUAAGAAGUGUGACUAUUUUAGACGCAUUUUAUAAUUAGGAGCCUGUAGUAUUGAGUUAUAUUAAAAUAUUAGUGAAAACAUGGGGAGUUACUGGUUUUUAUUUUUCUAUUCUGUUUUUAUGUCUUGGGUUAUCAUUUACAGUGACAAGAAAAGGUGAUUCUGUGUGGUGUAUCUGGGGGGCGGUUGUGGACUGCAAGUGUGUAAGACAGAAUGUAAAGACAGUGCCCCAAAAGUCGGGGAGACCAAGAUGGCAACUCUCAUCAGGUCCAUUUCCAGAUUUCUUGGGGGGAGCUUCCUUGUUCACUGGCCUGGUCUGACUGUUGAAGUAUACCAGGAUGGAAGUCACCUCAUGGCUGGGAAGGUAAAUGCUGUCCUAACUCUGGGUGUGUGGCAGAUGCUUCAGAAAACAGUCAGUGGCUUGACAUUUGCUUCUUUUCCUCCACUUUUGGUUUUUUAGUUGUUGUUGUUGUUUUUAUUGUUUUUAUAAAAAGGAAACUGGGGAAAGGCAUUCGCCAUAUUGACACCCAGUAAUAAGAAAAUGAAAUAAUUCUUUCUCCUGGAUUUUCAUAGAAAAACUUUUUAAAGAGCCCACAGAUAGUUUUGUUUAAGUGAGGCGACUUUGUGGUGGGAAUUGUUGCCUAGAAUGUAAUGUCCAGCUUGCAAGGUUAUGUCUGCAAUCACAUCUCCACUAAUGCAGCAUAAAAUGCUCCACUCUUCAUAGUAGAAAGGGCCUGUUUGUUCACCUCUCUCGUUAUUUUCUUCUUAUUCCAGUGUUUUACUUUAGCUACCUUUGUUUAAAGUACAUGUUGAAUAGAUUACCCGUUACAUGGUUUUGUCGAGGAGGCGCUAAAUGUUGUCAUGUAAUGUGUCUGGACUCCUGUCUGUCCCCCAACCACAAUGCUUUGGCUAAUGAAAGAAUUGUGUUAGAUGAUCUUCCAUCUGAAGAACUGAAUAUAUUUUACUGUGAAGAUA